CAUGGCAGCUGGGCUGCAGCACUCCCUCGCUUGGGCAGGGUCCCCUAUCUAAUCAGCCCCGGGGACCAAGGUUGACGGGCAGGAGAGCCUGGACCCUGAGUCAUCGGCUGCCUGGUUGACCCAUUCUCCAGCCAUAAGGGCGUGGGUGGGUUUGGAGAUGCCCGGUGGGCACGCAGCCCAUCACUUCCUGUCCCUGUGCUCAUCCCAGCCUUGGCUCCGGGUGACCGGGGUUCAGAUCCCAGCUCGCAAAAUUUCCGUGUGACCUCUGUGCUCCUGGCCUCCUCGAGCUUCUCUACGACAUGGGGGCUUAACAUUUUGUGGGGAGUUCGGAGACGGAGUCAUAGUGACGCGUGGAGGCCCAUCGCGGCCGGGCCCCUGCUGCAGGGAGCCUGGGAGCCUGGAGGCUGGGUCCUGGGGCAGGGCCCAGGGUGGAGGGGGCUGGACUCCCCGUGUUAAUUGUUAUUUCAGGUCCAGAGUCUGACCUCCUGGUGGGGAGGGGAGGGGAGGAGGGAGGGCCCCCUCCGGGUCUGGGCCUGCCCCACCCCUGGGCCUGUCUGCCGCUGUAUCCAGGGCUGGGCAGGGCCUAGACCGGGCCUGACCUUGACUGUGCCGUGCUGCUGGCUCGUCCGCGGCCAUGGGGACCCUGGAGACCCUUUUCCUGCUCAGCGCCCUGCUCCUGUCACCUGCCGAGGCUCAGGAGGCCGCGCAGCGUCGCCUGAAGCCCUGGCUGGUGGGCCUGGCAGCCGUCGUGGGAUUCCUGUUUAUCGUCUUCCUCCUCAUGCUGGCCAACCGCAUCUGGUGCUCCAAAGUGAGGGCUGAGGAUGAGGGGGAGCCCAGGUUCAGAAUAGAGACCAACCAGGAUGUGGACCUGAGUGAAAGAGACAAGAGGAAGAAGAAAGAGGAGAUACAGGAGGAGAAGGAGAAGAAGGCUGAGAAGGAAGGAGAGAGAAACUUGGGGCUGGAGCUGGAGGAGAAGGAGGAGCCCGGAGAUGAUGCGAGAGUCAAGAACACAGCCUUGUGAAGACUCACCACACACUUCUUCCAGGCAGCCCCCCAGAGGUACCCCUUCCACACCAUACAAGCAAUGGCCUGGAUGUGAAGCCACCACGACAUUCCACGUGGAGUUGAGAACACCGCUCCCAGAAAGAAGACGGGUGGAACUCGCCCUGCCCCUCAGGGAGGGCUCUCUGUGCGCUACACGCGUGGGCUUUACCCGCCCUCCUUCCUGAUGUGUCUGCCUUGUGAUUCCUGGACUUGGAGCACAUUCUUGGUUAUGGAGAAACCCCCAAGCCCUCUGCCAUCUCCUGGCCCCACCUACGUCUACCCACUGCCUGAUUUCUUUUCCCUCUCCCUGACAUCUGUUGUCCAGAACCUCCCCCGUCCCUCUCCGCCCCGGGACCAGCACGGGGCCGGGGCUGCCUUCUGGGGACCUGCAUUAAAGAGUUGAUAAGA